UUUCAUCCCCUUCGUUCCCCCAGUACUAUAUGACAUAUCAUCCCUAGAUCCACUAGGGUUUCUCCGUGCUACCGAUUCUUCGCGCUGUUGCUCCGUCGACCGAGGUUCCCAGCAAACAUGGUGAAGGGCAGGCAAGGCGAGCGCGUCAGAUUGUACGUUCGCGGCACGAUACUUGGCUACAAGAGGUCGAAGUCAAACCAAUAUGAGAAUACGUCGCUUGUGCAGAUCGAGGGCGUGAAUACCAAAGAAGAGGUGGGAUGGUAUGCUGGUAAGAGGAUGGCGUAUAUCUACAAAGCUAAGACGAAGAAGAACGGCACGAAUUAUCGCUGUAUUUGGGGGAAAGUUACCCGCCCUCACGGUAACAGUGGCGUCGUCAGGGCUAAGUUUAAGACCAACUUGCCUCCUCAGUCCAUGGGUCGUAAAGUCAGGGUCUUCAUGUACCCGAGCAACAUUUGAGGGGGCAUUCACGCUGCUGCGUUGCUGAUGCGGUCUACAUGGAUUUAGUUAAUAGCUGAUCUCAACCUUUAGCAUUUGAUUCAUAGUUUUGGUCUUUGUUUUCGAACGCUAUGCAGUUUACUUUCUUGGUAUGGAAGGGCGAUUCAGUUAUGCUUUAAAGUUAAAUGAAAUGUUAUUUAUGGUACCCAUUUAAAUUUUAUGUGCUAUGAAUUUUCAUUAUAUCAACA